AUGGCAGAACCCGCCGGCCAACUUUCCUCGCAAGGCGCCAAGUCCGCCAUGUCCAACGACAUGAAAGAGCUCAACGAAGGGAAGGAACACACAUCCAACGUGAUUAGGGGCCAUAAAGCCAAUCUUGCCAAUCCGAGAAUUGGCAUUGGCAUUCACUCAGACACAAGCGAGGAAUCCAAAAAACACAGUGAAAAGGUGAUUGAAGAGCUGGGUGGGAGCGGGACGCAGGAGUCGUUGAGGAACAACCCUGUUAAUCGUAGCUCAUUCUGGCAUUCCGGACCGCCACAUCGAUGUAUCAAGGCGUUGCAAGUGAUGAGGCAUGAAAGACUGGCCGCCCGGAAGCGCUCAAAUAUCAUGAUGGAUUCCGAAAAAUACGUGAUGAAUAAGCUGGGCAGGUAG